AUGAAUAGCAUUCCUCCUAAAAAUAUUAGUUAUUAUAUCCAGCAACAACAGAUGUCGUAUAAUCAGCAAAAUUAUUAUGGUUCUUCCAAUAUUAAUCCGGAUCAGAAUAACAAUGGAACGAACGCAUUAAAUAUUGGCAACAUCAAUAAUCUUAAUAAUAUGAACAUGAACAUGAACAUGAAUAUGAACAUGAAUAUGAAUAUGAAUAUGAAUAUGAAUAUGAAUAUGAAUCAGGAAAGUCCAAUAAUUACAAGAAGAUAUAAAUCUAGAAGACAAAGACCUUGUGAUUUUUGUAGAAAAAGAAAAUCUUGUUGUAUAAUUGAAGCUGGUAUACCUUGUAAAUUAUGUAAAGAAUACAAUAUGAACUGUACAUUUAAUGAAGGACCAUCUUCAAGAUCUAAAAAUUAUUAUAAAAGAACAUCAUCCAGCUCUUCAAUUUCUUCAAUGUCAUCUGUUGGUUCGAUCUUCUUGAAUCAACAACAACAACAACAACAACAACAACAGCAACAGCAACAGCAACAUCAUCAAUACAGUUUAAACAAUUCGUUAAAUCUUGAUGAAAGAGAAACGUCUGAAUUUUCAUCAUUGAAAAAUCAUCCCAAAUUGAGAAAAGCUAAUUCAUCUGAGUUUGCAAAUCAUAAUCAACUCCCAAAAUUUCCAAUACCCAAUGUCUCUUCAUUAUUGCAAGCUAAUAAUAAUAUUAAUAACAAUCAAAAGUUAUUAAAUAUAUUGAAUUCAAACGAUUUGGAUCUUUCAUCAAAUAAUAUGUUUAUUCAAUCUCCCAAUAUGAAUAGUUAUCCAAGUUUUUAUAACAGCAAUUAUAACAAUACAUAUAAUAAUGAUAAUUAUAGUGAAAGUUAUAAUGAUAGUAUUAAUACCAAUUUAAACUAUAAUAAUAAUUAUAAUAAUAAUUAUAAUGAUAAUAAUAACAAUAACAAUAACAAUAGUAAUAAUGAUAAUAACAAUAAUAAUAAUAAUUAUAAUAAUGGUAAUCAAAACUUUAACUCUGAAGAUAAAGAAGAAAACUUAAUGAGUCUAGAUCAAGAGUAUAACUCAGAUUAUAAUUAUUACGGUUAA